CAAGUGCAAGACCCUUGGUGACGUCAACUACUACCUUGGGCUUGACAUUGAGCGAGAUGUGGAAAAGCGGUGGAUGCGAGUGCAUCAAAAGAAGUACUUGGAGGCCUUGGCUGCAAACUUUGGGAAGAGUAAAGGUCAUGUGACUACUCCUCUUCCCUCAGGGUUCAAGUGUGUGAAAGGGCCAGCGGAGGAAAGUGUUGGUGAAGAGGAGAGGUGCCGUUUUCAUUCAUGGUGGGCAGCCUCAUGUAUGCGGCCGUUCACACAAGGCCGGAUGCAGCCUUUGCUAUCGAGCAGCUGGCUAGGGUUGUCCAAUGCCCUAAUGAAGAGCAGGUAGCAGCUAGAGAGAGGGUGGCCAAGUACCUUGGCCAAACAGCAACUGUUGGACUGCAAUACUCCGCCGCGGCACAAAGCCGUCAAAAGGGUGCGGAUGGAGUCGAACCCGGGAGGCUCUUUCUCACCGCCUUCUCUUAUGCAUCUUGGGCAUCAGAACCAGAGGACAUGACAAGUGUGGGAGGCUUCAUCUGCUGUAUUGGUGGAGGACCAACAGCUUGGGAGAGCAAGAAACAAGUGGACCAAGCAUUGAGCUUGGUGGAGUCCGAGUACAUGGCACUCUUCCGUGCCAUAAGAGAGGUUGUGUGGCAGCGGCGUUUGCUAGCUGAAUUGGGAAGGAGCAGCAAGGGCCUACCCCACUCUAUUGUGAUAGCCAGGGUGCUAUUGCAUUGGCUAAGAACCCCGUACUUCAUGGCCUUACCAAGCACAUGAAGGUGAAGUGGCCUUGGGUGAGAAGCAUGGUAACCUUGGGUGAAGUGGAGUUGCACUGCGUGAAGACGACGGCGCAGCCUGCUGAUAUGAUGACCAAGAGGCUGGUUGAGCAGCAGCAUUGAAAGUGUUGCAAGCUUGCUGGGAUGGCUCUGAACUAAGGGGAGCAUAUUCUAAGGCCAACAAUCCGAGGGGGAGUUUGUUGGUGCAACCAUAUGGCUUGCACUCGGCUUGUCGUCCUUGUUUGUGUGUGUGCAUGCAUGGCAUGGAAUGAAUUGUGAGUCUAUUUCAUUGCUAUCCAGUGCUUGUGUGUGUGUUUGAAUGGUGUAUCACAAUGUGGUUUGUGUCGGUCAAGACAUUUGCGAGUUUUUACAACUCGCAUGUCAAGUCGUCGUUUGUGUGUCGCAUGUGUUUUUUCUACUCUGUUGAGUUUGAAGUGUCCAUCGCGUCGCAGGUGUGUGCAGCAAGCCCCCAUCAACUCAAGAAGAAUUUAUCUUGCAGAUCCAAGACCAAGAGCUCAAGAUUUCAAGCCCAAGGGACGCGGAUAAAUAUUAAAUAGUGAAAAUAGUAAUGCUACUUCGUGUAGUGUUACAUUUCACUUGGUGUAGCCCCUUGGAGGGUUGGUUUCGAGACUCUUCGUGGUUGGGGACUCUGUGGUGGUGUACCACCAACCAGGACCUCGGAUCUUGGGGUAUGUAGAGGCUGGGAACCAUCUCCCUCUCGAAUUCUUCUUCCUAAGUUUUUUGUACUCCUAAGACUAUAGUGGCUGCUGUACCUUCUGCCAGUCAAACCGCCAUAGCGUCCCCCAUUGUCGUUUUUUUUUUUUUUUUUUUUUUUUUUUUUUUUUUUUUUUUUUUUUUUUUUUCAUA